AUGGCUGCAGGCGCGGAGCGAGGCCGCGGGGGCGCGGGCAGGGGGCUGCGCGGCGCCCUGGCCGCGGUGGCGCUGCUCUCGGCGCUCAAUGCUGCAGGCACGGUGUUCGCGCUGUGCCAGUGGCGCGGGCUGAGCGCUGCGCUCCGGGCGCUGGAGGCGCAGCGGGGCCAGGAGCAGCGCGAGGACAGCGCCCUGCGCGCCUUCCUGGCGGAGCUGAGUCGCGCGCCUCGCCGGGCGCCCGCGCCACCCCCAGACCCCGCGAGCGCCGCGCGCAACAAGCGCAGUCACGGCGGGGAGCCUGCGCAGCACAUCCGUGCCGAGAGCCACGACAUGCUGAUGAUGAUGACCUACUCCAUGGUGCCGAUCCGAGUGAUGGUGGACCUGUGCAACAGUACCAGGGGGAUCUGCCUCACAGGACCACCUGGCCCAGCAGGGCCUCCCGGAGUCAGUGGAUUACCAGGACACAACGGAUCAAACGGACAGCCUGGUCCCCAGGGCCCAAAAGGCGAAAAAGGAGCCAAUGGAAAAAGAGGAAAAAUGGGGCCACCUGGAGCCACAGGAACUCCAGGGGAAAAGGGAGACCCUGGUGAGCUGGGCUUGCCUGGAAAUGAGGGCCCAGCAGGGCAGAAGGGUGACAAGGGAGACAAAGGGGACGUGUCCAAUGAUGUGCUCCCCGCAGGUGCCAAAGGUGACCAAGGCCCACCUGGCCCACCUGGCCCACCUGGGCCCCCAGGCCCUCCGGGUCCUCCAGGUCCCGCUGGAAGCAGAAGGUCCAAAGGCCCUCGGCAGCCAAACAUGUUCAACGGCCAGUGCCCAGGUGAGACAUGUGCUGUACCAAAUGAUGAUACCUUGGUUGGAAAAACUGAUGAGAAAGUCAGUGAACACCAUUCCCCACAAGCAGAAUCCAUGAUCACAUCCAUUGGAAACCCAAUACAAGUGUUGAAAGUUAAAGAGACGUUUGGGACUUGGAUAAGAGAGUCCGCUAACAAGAGUGAUGAACGCGUCUGGGUGACUGAACAUUUCUCAGGCAUCAGGGUGAAGGAAUUCGAAGACCAGCCCUCACUGCUGAACGGCAGUUACACGCUCAUCCACCUCCCAUACUAUUUCCACGGCUGUGGGCACACUGUUCACAAUAACUCUCUCUACUACCACAAGGGAGGCUCCAACACCAUAGUGAGGUUUGAAUUUGGCAAAGAAACAUCCCAAACUCUGAAGCUUGAAAAUGCCUUGUAUUUUGAUCGAAAAUACCUCUUUGCGAAUUCCAAGACGUACUUCAAUUUAGCUGUAGAUGAAAAGGGCCUUUGGAUUAUCUAUGCUUCCAGCGUGGACGGCUCAAGCAUCCUUGUUGCACAGCUGGAGGCGAGGACCUUCUCCGUGGUGCAGCACAUCAACACUACAUACCCCAAGUCCAAGGCUGGCAAUGCCUUCAUUGCCCGAGGGAUCCUCUAUGUCACUGACACCAAAGAUACGCGGAUAACGUUUGCCUUUGAUCUGUUAGGAGGGAAACAGAUCAAUGCAAACUUUGCUCUAAGAACUUCCCAGUCUGUUCUUGCCAUGUUAUCAUACAAUAUGAGAGACCAGCAUUUGUAUUCUUGGGAAGAUGGCCAUUUAAUGCUUUAUCCUGUGCAAUUUCUGUCAGCUGCGUUACACCAGUGA